GGUAGAGAUUUUGAAUCUCCUGUGCUGUGUUGCCGUAGGAUGAUUCGCUUGCCUUGGCGCCUGGGCUGAAUUUUUGCCGGAGGAGUUUUUGCAGAAGAGCUGCUAUUUUUGAUGGGGCUUCUCCUCACAAAUCAGUGAGCCGGAAGAAGAAACUUUCCCAAUAGGAGCAGGAAUUUUUGUGGCUGCGGCGCUCUGUUCCAGAAGGCGGCACCUUUAUCUGCUUGCCACCGGUGUUCGUUUUACCUUGGCAGAUCCAGGGAACACCGGAUUUCGUUUGAUUUCGCCUUGAAUUUUUGACCCGAUCGAAAAGGCUUCCGGGACAUUUUUGCUGGUCAUGGCGGCCAUGGGGCUGGGCCGAUUCACCCACUGGCUGUGGCCGGGCACGGCGGCGCGGGUGGCCAGCCACGAGCUGCCCGGCACGGGCCUGACGGGCGCCUCCUUCCCGGACUUCCCAUCCGGCUUCCGGGAGCCGGACGCCGUCACCUUCUCGAGCGCCGCCGCAGGCGGCCGCCGCGGGCGGCAGCGGAGGGCCAGGAGCCAGCGCCGCGGCCGCGGGGAGUGCAGGGUCGACAGGGAGUACGACAUGGUCGUCGUGCCGUCCGACGGCGGCGGGUGCCUGUCCGGGUCGGAGUCCGACGACUCCGACUGGUCCAUCGGCUGGCUCGAGCCGCAGGCGCCGGAGAUGCAGACGGACGGUGACCCCGAGACCGGCUUCGCCGUCCUCGUGCCCUGCUACCGCCGCGGCCGCGCCGAGCAGCCCAGGGCGCCCGAGGGCCGCUUCCUGGGCGCUGGCGCUCUCGCCGACGGACGCCUCUCUGAUGGAAAGAAUUUUGUAGAGCAGUGGCUUUCUUCUCUUCAGAACUGAUAUCUGGAAUCCCUCUCUGUUACGCUGUAUAUAUCAUUGCACCGUAUCAUUCUACUAUGUUUCUCUAUCCCCGACGCAAAAUAUAUCGAUGAAGGAAGACAUCAAAACCCUCCCAAAAAAAUUAGAAAACGACAAAAGAACAAAAAGAGGAGCAGUGGAAUUUUGAAGCAGCACUGAACGGGUUUGUCCUUCCGGAGGUUUCAAGGCUAAUUUUAUUCAUUGCAAAGCAAGGCAAAUGCUGAACAAGACCAGCUGCGCUGUGCGUCGUAGAAGAUACAUAUCUCAUAGAUAUGCUUGUUAACCAAUCUACGGCGAUAUUGUAGAUAUUAUAUGCUACCCCAUCGUUAAUUUUGUCCCACUUCAUCUGGACCCCGGCCCUGCUACUGGCCUGUAUAUAUGGUGUCAUUGGGUGUGUGUAUAUAUAGCUGCAGAUGUGCAGUUUCUCAGUGUGUGUGUGUUUAUCAGUGGUGUUUAUGUAGAUUGGGACUGAACUGCUCCUUGUGAAUUCAGCUGUAUAUAGAGCUUUUGUGUUCA